CUGUCCACUAUGUCAAAACUUGCCUUUGAGAAACUCAAUGAUAUGAACUAUGCCAAGUGGAGCAUGCAGAUGGAAGCAUUUCUGGAUGAACAAGACCUUUGGGACGUAGUGAAUAGUACAGAGACUAAGCCCAAUCUUGGACCGAAUGCCAAGGCAACUAAAACAUUUGUCCACAAGCAGCAGCUCACGAAAGCGAAAAUCAUUCUUCACCUCUCCACUUCCCAACUCCCUCAUGCUCCUAAUGAUGAUUGUGAUCCUAAGGCUAUCUGGGACAACCUGUCACGUAUCCACCAGUCCUGUGGCUUCUGCCACAUUUUUUCCAUGCUUCGCAAGCUCUCAACCAUGGUCAAGGAACAUGACCAACCAAUGCAGGCCUGGGUUGCUUCU